ACCACUCAUCCACAGCCCCUGACAAAGACUCACGAUCUAACACACUCUUCCUCUUCCUUAUUUCUUCGGCUUCGUUUUCAUUUUCUCUUCCUCUCAUCAAAUCGAUCUCAUUCUCAGUAACAGCAAUGAGGGGCAUUCUGGCGACGCUAACGGCGUUUCUGGCGCUGUCAUGUUUGUUAACACUCGGCGUUAAUGGAGAUCUGUCGGAGAAGACGGUGGUGAAGACCGUUAAGGGGAAGAAAGUGUGCACGAGAGGUUGGGAGUGUAGCACGUGGUCAAAGUAUUGUUGUAAUGAAACGAUUUCGGAUAUUUUUCAGGUGUAUCAGUUUGAGAAUUUGUUUUCCAAAAGAAACGCGCCAGUGGCUCACGCUGUGGGGUUCUGGGAUUAUCAAUCUCUUAUAACGGCUUCGACAAUUUUUCAGCCGCUUGGAUUUGGUACAACUGGCGGGAAGCUCAUGCAGAUGAAGGAGCUUGCCGCGUUUCUCGCACAUGUUGGCGCUAAGACCUCUUGUGGUUAUGGAGUGGCCACUGGAGGACCAUUGGCCUGGGGACUUUGCUACAACAGGGAAAUGAGCCCAAGUCAGUCAUACUGUGAUGAAUCCUACAAAUUCACUUAUCCUUGCAGCCCUGGAGCUGAAUACUAUGGCCGUGGUGCAAUUCCUAUUUACUGGAACUUCAACUAUGGAGCUGUAGGGGAAGCAUUAAAGGUGGAUCUUUUGAACCAUCCAGAAUACAUUGAGCAGAAUGCUACCCUUGCUUUCCAGGCUGCAAUCUGGAGGUGGAUGACCCCGAUCAAGAAAACCCAGCCGUCAUCCCAUGAUGCCUUUGUUGGCAACUGGAAGCCAACUAAGAAUGACACUUUGGCCAAGCGGGGACCUACUUUUGGCACCACAAUGAAUAUCCUUUAUGGCGAUCUUGUAUGUGGUCAGGGUGAUAUUGAUGCCAUGAACACCAUUAUCUCCCAUUACUUGUAUUACCUCGAUCUAAUGGGUGUCAGCCGAGAGCAGGCAGGGCCCAAUGACCAACUUACUUGUGCUGAACAGGUGGCAUUCAAUCCAUCCAAACCCGCUUCAACAGCAUCUUCUUGAGGCCUGAAAAUGACAUUUGGAGCUCAAUUGCCAUUGCUAUUUGAUGGACUGGUUCUGUCCAGAAAGGAACCAUUAAGAAUAAGACUUGGGCAAUUAAGUUAUUUGUUGUAAGAUUAUUCCUUUUUCUUCAUUUUUAGUCCUUGUGUGAGUAUAUACUGUCAGGUACAAUUAUGUGGAAUGUUUUGUCACUACUCGUCAGUCUCCAUCGUAGAUUUGAGUUUCAUUUGUUUGGUUUGUAUGAUCUAUCUUACAUGUGGUUGGAUUCAUUAUGUGUACCGAAUAAACCAUAUUUUUUGUUACUUGUUUCAAUAGCAGAACUAUAAAGUACAAAUUUAUUAUACUAA